AACUUUGUUUUGUGGUCGAGAUAGUUUGCGUUUGAGAGUAAAAGAUUGUUUUUUUUACAUUUCUCAGAGUACUCUACUUGAUUUGUAGCGUUUAACAUUGAAGCUGGCAGUUCAUGACUGGUACAAAGGUUUACAGUCAGAGCUGUUAAUUCUUUAAUUCCGUUUAAAUCCAAAAUGAGCAGCUCCGUCAUCUCAGCAGCAUUCAGUAUGCAUGCAUUUUGCUCUCAUCACAGUAACAUUUGAACAGACAGAUAAUUAACAUGCAGGCCCGUGCGUGCAGGUAAUUAAUUAGGACAGAAUAGAUGGGUCAUUAACACAGAGAACACUGCUGAGCGCGGGUAAUUGGCAAACAUAAGAGAGACACGUUUUGAGGUUUGUCUUCAUUGGUGUUUGGUUCAUUGGUGUAAACAAAGGAAGGCAUUGGGCUGCACUGAGUCUGUGUUAAAGGGGUAUGCCACUAUUUUGGGGCUUAAUACAGUUAAAAUCGUUGGCCAGGGUUUAUAAAGGUGGUAAAGUGUCUUAUUUUUCAUGUAAGCCGUUGUCUUGCUUUAAGACAAGUUAAAAGAGGGAGUAUGUAGCUAAGCUAGUGAAAGUCAAUGGAUCCGUGUAGCAUGUCUGUGUUUGCUAACCUGUCUGAUGCUUGUGUAGUAUUAGCCCCCACUAGACUUGUCAGUGGGCUGUGGUCUCUCGGCCCUUUCACGUCUUGCUUUGGGGUUCCAUGUCUGCACUGGCCAAGCUGAGAGAGAGACACAAACAGACAGACAGAGAGACACAGACAGACAGACAGAAUGACAGACACAUAGACACAGGCAGACCGACACAGAGACACAGACACAAAGAGAGAGAGGGAGAGAGACAGAGACACACUGGGCUAGUCUCCAACUGUCCCCACAGUGCUCGCGGGGAUAUUUUCAUUCCUUAUAUUUAUCUUACUCCUGUUGAGCUUGUCAGCCUUGAGUCAGGGUCUGUUCUGUUCUCUGGAGCUCCGACUCCCACCCGCCUGGCCGCCUUUCCCCUCCCAACAGCCAGCUGGUCAGCUAGCCAGGCAGGCAGGCGCGCAGGCAGGCAGGGACAGAGGCUGUUGUUGCUGGCCUGCAUUCUGCCACCCCCCUCCGGAGUAACUUUUAACGAUCUCUCCUUUGUGAGGGUGUUCUAGGCCAGGUAGGCAAGAUAGGAUGGUGAGGGGAUUGAACUAAAAUGUACUGGGAUUAGAUUGUUUUUUUAAAGGUCUGCUCUACAGGGGAAAACAGGAAAGGGCUAUGUUGGAGUAAAAAGAAGAGAUAGGGGGGGUGGGGUGGCUGGAAAAAUGAAUGGUGCAGACUUGACUCGCUAACCCCUUUGUGGAAUUGGGCCUUACAAGUCAUUAUAGCGGCUGGGAUUGUGGACCAGAGUAGUCGACCAGAAAAGUAGAUCAUUAGGUUUAACGAAAGACCAAGAAAGGGGGAAAAAAGAAAAGCGAAGGCUUGCGUGCAAGUGUGUAGCUGCAGAGCACAGGACUCUGGGAGAGAUUGUGCGAGUGUUGUGAUUGGAAAUAGCAGGAUUUGAAAGACGGUAAAGGGCUACACUGCCUCUCUGCCCAACAAGACUGCCGCUUUCCCCCUCCCUCCACCCGCCCGUCUGCUUUCCUCUCCCCUCUGCGUCCCCUCCCCCAAAUUCUUCCCCGCUUUGUGUUCCUGGGUUGAUGAUCAGAGCGGAGCUGAGGCUAACUCAGAGCUGAAGAGAGGAAGCGAAAAUGAAAGUGGGCUGGUGUGUAAUGAGAAGGCAGUUCCCAGGAAUUGGGUACGUUUCACAUACCACAGCACAGCCUACUGCCAUGGUGUGUUCCACCACCUUCUCUGAGGAUCCGUUCAGACACUCUUCAGGAGGAAGAAAAGCUAGUAGUUCAAAGCGUUCUUUGGCUGUGUUUAUGUAAACAUGAAUGGAUUAAAGAUCUCAUUUUGCAGGCUUGAUUUGUUUUUCCGGGCAGUAGUGAUUGGUUUAAUUAGUGAGAUCCUCAUCUUGGGCAAGAUGUUCACUUCAGAUGCAGGAAAACAGGUGCGAACCAAAUUGUCCCAAGCUUUUAACCACUGGCUCAAUGUACCGGAGGAUAAACUGCAGGUGAUUAUCGAGGUGACGGAGAUGCUCCACAAUGCCAGUCUGCUGAUCGAUGACAUCGAGGACAGCUCUACGCUGCGGCGUGGCUUCCCCGUGGCACACAGCAUCUAUGGAGUGCCCUCCGUCAUCAACUCCGCCAACUACGUCUACUUCCUGGGACUGGAGAAGGUGCUGAUGCUGGAGCACCCCGAGGCGGUGCGCGUCUUCACGCGUCAGCUGCUGGAGCUGCACCGGGGCCAGGGCCUGGACAUCCACUGGCGCGACACCUACACCUGCCCCACGGAGGAGGAGUACCGCUCCAUGGUGCUGCAGAAGACCGGGGGCCUGUUCGGCCUGGCCGUGGGCCUGAUGCAGCUCUUCUCCGAGUGGCCGCGGGACCUGAAGCCGCUGCUGGACACGCUGGGCCUGUACUUCCAGAUCCGCGACGACUACGCCAACCUGGCGUCGCGCGAGUACAGCGAGAACAAGAGCUUCUGCGAGGACCUGACGGAGGGCAAGUUCUCCUUCCCCACCAUCCACGCCAUCUGGUCGGAGCCGGAGAGCCGGCAGGUGCAGAACAUCCUGCGCCAGCGCACCGAGAACGUGGACAUCAAGCGCUACUGCGUGGACUACCUGGAGAAGGUGGGCUCCUUCGCCUACACGCGGCAGACCCUGCGCGACCUGGAGGCCGAGGCCCAGCGCCUCAUACAGGACCUGGGGGGCAAUCCGGAGCUGGAGGGCCUGGUGGAGCACCUGAGCCGGCUGUACAGGGAGGCAGAGCCCACGGGGGCAGCAAGGGCUGGAGAAGGCAACACCAAUUGCAAUAGCAAGGCCAAGCACUGAACAGUGAUUGGAACUCAACUUUAGCUUUAUAGUGGGGUUACGAACUACCACCUCCAACAGCAAGGCCAAGGAACUGACUAUAUGGGGAGGGGAUUCCAACCUGGACUUCAGCUUAUGGUGCGGUUUUGAACUAUGGCACAGCGAAAAUAUUUCAUAUUGCUUUGCACUGACUUGUGGGAGGGGAGAGGAGAGGAGGAGGUGAUACCUGGCCUUAACUUGAGCUCAUGGUGGGGUUAUGAACUGUGGCAUUUUUUUCUUCUUUUCAUAUUGCUUUUCAUGUUUUUCAAGUUUUGAGGCGUUCAAGGAUAUAUUGACUGAAUAUGUGUUCUGACAUGACCUGACUCUGAGUUAUUGGCUUAUCCUCACUGCAGGUUUCAAUUAAAACUGGCCGUAGUUGGCUAUUACAACAUUGUCUAUUCUUUGAUAUACAGAAACGUAAUAGAUCUUUUGGACUAUAACCAUUUGAGGAACUGAACAGCAGUUAAAUUGUAAUGCUCCCCAUUUAUUUAUCCAUUUUACUUUCACAGAUAUUUUAUCUGAGGAGUAGAAAAUAAUGGGGUCUAAAAUCCAUAGUAAAUACAGAAUAUUACAGAGCUGAGUUGUAUAAAGUUGACCCAUGAAUUAUUCCCAAAACUCUGAACCACUGUCUCCUCUCUCUGUUUACAUGGGCCGUUGGCAAGAUUUCCAAAGUGCGGAGCGUCAUUCUCUUCCCUGUUAUCUAUUUUCUUUCUAUUUUUUGUUUGCUUUGUUUUGUUGAAAACAAUCUUAAGACCGUUGUGUGCCAAGACUAAGACGCCAGAAAGUGGCCUUCGGACUGAGGUCCCUGCAGGAGGAGUGAGUCAGAUGGGGUGGGGUGGGGUGGGGAACCCCCCCAAAGAAGCUCAGCUGCAACCGGAAGAUACUUGAAUAGCACACUCACCCACUCUGGGAGAACACUGGGGCUGGAUUGGACUACUGCAGUAACUUACAGUAACAGAACUGCGCGUAAUUAGGCCUACUGUGCAGUGGUGUAGUCUACUUUUUUUGGUUUACUGUAUGUUUGAGCAUUUUUUUGUGGUGGGUAUACUGUAAAAUUGAGCUAUCCUAAAUAUUGAAUCAAUCAAUUUUAGGUGGGUAUACUGAAAUCCCUGAAAUUUUGAGGUGGGUGUACUGCGUAUACCUGCGGUCUACGUAGACUACACCACUGCUACUGUGUACUGUACAGUAAAAUGACGUAAACGCCAGGGUUGGGAUUGGGUUGGGUUGGGUUGGACUGAUACACCGUUACAGAACUCACUGCUUAGUGCCUGUGUGCGUUCCAAUAUGCGACCUUGCGUCCUCCACUUAUGCUUGUGACCUCGUACCAGGAAGUAAUAUUUCAUGAUGACAUCACUGACAACAGCAUUAUAUUUCAAUAUCUCGCAAAAGCUCAAUUGUAAAGUCAUUUUCUUACCUGCAAACUGAAUGGUGAAUGAAGAAUAGCCCCCCAAAAAUUGUUCUGGCUAGGAUGACAGCGGGGAAACUUAUUUGUCUUCUCCAAGGAGGAAGGGCCAGGAGGCAGGGCCACAAGCACAAGGGGGAGGACGCAAGGUUGCAUAUUGGAAUGCACCCUGUGUUGUUGAAAUGCUCUGUGACAGGAGAGUCUGUUCUGCCUGGUCCCCGUGAGAGAGGCAAACUGACCUCAAUAUGUCCAGCUUUGACAUGAACAUGUUACAAUGUAAAGUUUGCAGCGUAUAUUUUUUUUUCCAAAGAACUCUUCUCCACUGUCCAGGUUGUGUAUUUGUACCUUUUUGUGCUACUCCAAAAAUGUUGCAAACUCGUUCAUAUCCACGUAUGUGAGAUGACCCAUCACCACACACAGUACAUUUUGUCAGUGUUAAUUCAGCACGAGUAGAGUAAAGUCUUCUAACUCAGUGUUUCUCAACCUUUUUUUAGGUGAGGCACCCUUUCAAUAUAUGAAAAAUCUUGAGGCACCCCAAACAUGAUAUCGCAUCAGAUACCACACAAGCUUUUAAAAGUAACACAUUUGGAGACAUUCAAAGUUGCGCCUUUAUCUCAGACAGUGUAUGUAUAGGCCAUACUUGGGUGACCUAAAUGUACUUUAUUGUGCGUAAAUGGUGGAUGAAAGAUUCCACUAAUUUAUUGAUUUAGACAAAUAUGUAUUAUAUUACAUAAUUUAUUUAGGUCAAUUUCACCAUCAGCCACGUUUCCGCGGCACCCCUGUUGAGAAAAACUGUUCUAACUGGUCCUACUCUUUAAAGUGGUGAAAUAACACUGCCAAAUUUACUGCGCACAUGACUGUACAGUGCCCACUGUUGGUACCAGGGGGAAGUCGACAUGGCAUCAGAACCAGAUUGUCCCAGGGACGGAGGGCGCCCACAACUGGGUCCUCGUUACAUUGUAUGUGUUGGGUGGGGGGAGCUCUUUCAGAUGACUUUAGCCUGGGCCCAGCCAAAGCCUUCAGCGGCCCUGGGUGUCGGUAAGAACAGGGGAAAAAAACUACUGAAGCAGUGGUUUUGUGUAUGUAAUAUCUUGGAGAUGUCACAAUGUCAAGCCUUCAAUAAACACUCCACAUACUGUACUACAUAAAGCAAAC